UGUGUGGUCGGUGGGACGAAGCAAACCUUAUUCAAACACAAAAUGAUCGCCAAAGCCGCAGUUAUCCUGUCCGUAGUGGCGCUAGCGUCCGCCGGCGUACUUCAGCUGGGCGGCUACCACGGCGGCGAGGCGUACGGCCACGAAGCGGUUGCGUACGCGCCGGUCGCGCACUACGGCGGGCAUGAGGACACACAUGUCGACUAUCACGCACACCCCAAAUAUGACUACUCAUACUCCGUGUCGGACCCUCACACCGGAGACCACAAGACCCAGCACGAGGCCAGAGACGGCGACGUGGUGAAGGGCGAGUACUCCCUGCUGCAGCCUGAUGGCUCCUUCCGCAAAGUCACCUACACCGCUGAUGAUCACAAUGGAUUCAACGCGGUAGUCCACAACACCGCGCCCCAGCACCCCGAGUACCACUAAGCCCUAGUGCGGGCUCUUGCCACUGCCAACCAUGUGAUAUUAUUCCUUUAAAACUUAUGUAUAGAUAGUCUUUAGUCGACAUCCAUUUUUUAUAAGACUGCGGCGAAAUAAACUGUUCGAAAAACA